AUGUUGCUGAUGAUCAGAGGCUGCCUUCUGGUUUUUAUUGCCAAGGAAUGUUUUGCGGGUUCCAUGUCUAACGGAGAUUUAGAAGGAUUCGAUAAAAAUGUGCGAGCAGAAUUAGCCGUCAUGGUCGCUGAAAAUUUUGAGACGUUAACACAACAAAUUACGUCACUAAACGAGAAUUGUAUGGCGAAAAUCAACGGAACCGUGGACCAGUGUGCUUCUUGUCCCAAAGGAACGAAUCCAAAUUCUGGAGUUGAUAAGAUAGUUGCAGUUUUAAGGAUUCCGAUUUCAGAGGGCGAGAAACUGGCGAAUACUAUAACAGACUCGUUGUCUAACGUUAACGUACAGAAAUUUCUGGGAGAUAAAUUAGGCCCUGUCGUGGGAACACUGAAGGGGACAUUUAGUUCAUUAAUCAAUAAUAAAGAAAUCAAGGAUCUCACAAGCUUUUUCGCUAAUUUUGAGAAAAAUUUAGCAAAUUUGAAAAAUUCUUUUUCAAAUCUUCCAUCGUUUUUAAAACGCAAUGUGAAUAAUUUGGUAGGAAAUAUCGGAAAUGAAUUAAGCAAGCUAAAAUUCUGGAGAAGAAAGCGAUCAGCCUGUGUAGCCUGUGAUAAUUUGAAUUCAGAGGAUUCAGCUGUAAUAAUUCGAAACGUAUGUGGUGCCAGUGUAGCCAAGAGUUUGAGUGACCUGACUAAGAGUAUAGAGAAUCUACAGCUCCUGUAUGAAGACGCCAUCAACGGAACUAUUCUCACGCAGAUAAUUACAGGUGAUCCUGAGAUGGUAAUGUCGCCAACUCUGACAGUCUCUGGAGAACUUCAGAACGUUACAUACAGCAUUGACACAACGACAAAGACGCUGACAGGGAAGUCAGGGGAGACAAUAAUCUUCACUGAUAAACCAACGUCUUACACAAUGCUGGCAGAUAAAAUCUACCAAGAUUUUGUUUAG